GGGCAGGGGCGCCGACACCAGCACCAUCGCCUCCCAAGUUUCCCCUUGUGGAUGCAGGGCGCGGGUGGCUCCGCUCCUCCCGGCGCAGAGGGCCCCGAAGAGGCCGGAGGAGCGGGCUCGGGACGGGAUUUGUGAGGAAGGGGAGAGGACGGGCGCCCCACCCGCUCGCAGGGUGGGGGGCUCGGUGAACGAUGAAGGGCCGGCGGCGGCGGCGCCGGGAGUACUGCAAGUUUGCGCUGCUGUUGGUGCUCUACACGCUGGUGCUGCUGCUCGUCCCCUCCGUACUGGACGGCGGCCGCGACGGCGACAAGGGCGCGGGGCACUGCCCGGGCCUGCAGCACAGCCUGGGAGUGUGGAGCUUGGAGGCGGCGGCGGCGGACGAGCGCGAGCAGGGCGCCGAGGGGCGGCCGGCUGCCUCGGGGGGCGCGGGCCCGUCCCCCCCGUCCCCGGGCAACCUCAGCGGCGAUGUCGCGGAGGCGGUGUCUCGCGAGAAGCAGCACAUCUACGUGCAUGCCACCUGGCGCACCGGCUCGUCGUUCUUGGGCGAGCUCUUUAACCAGCACCCGGACGUUUUCUACUUGUACGAGCCCAUGUGGCAUCUAUGGCAGGCGCUGUAUCCGGGCGACGCCGAGAGCCUGCAGGGCGCGCUGCGCGACAUGCUGCGCUCCCUCUUCCGCUGCGACUUCUCGGUGCUGCGGCUGUAUUCGCCGCCCGGGGACCCCGCCGCGCGCGCCCCGGGCGCGGCCAAUCUCACCACGGCCGCCCUCUUCCGCUGGCGGACCAACAAGGUCAUCUGCUCGCCGCCGCUUUGCCCCGGCGCGCCCCGUGCCCGCGCCGAGGUCGGCCUCGUCGAAGAUGCCGCCUGCGAGCGCAGCUGCCCGCCCGUGGCUCUACGCGCCCUGGAGGCCGAGUGCCGCAAGUAUCCGGUGGUGGUCAUCAAGGACGUGCGCCUCCUCGACCUGGGUGUGCUGGUGCCUCUGUUGCGUGACCCCGGCCUCAACCUGAAGGUGGUGCAGCUUUUCCGUGAUCCACGGGCCGUGCACAACUCGCGCCUCAAGUCCAGGCAGGGGCUGCUGCGCGAGAGCAUCCAGGUGCUGCGCACCCGCCAGCGGGGCGACCGCUUCCACCGCGUGCUGCUGGCGCACGGCGUGGGCGCUCGGCCCGGGGGCCAGUCCCGCGCCCUGCCCGCCGCACCGCGCGCCGACUUCUUCCUGACCGGCGCGCUCGAGGUCAUCUGCGAAGCCUGGCUGCGCGAUCUCUUGUUCGCGCGCGGAGCGCCCGCCUGGCUGCGGCGCCGCUACCUGAGGCUGCGCUACGAGGACCUGGUGCGGCAGCCGCGCACCCAGCUGCGCCGCCUGCUGCGCUUCUCCGGGCUGCGCGCGCUCGCCGCCCUCGAAGCCUUCGCGCUCAACAUGACGCGGGGCGCGGCCUACGGCGCAGACAGACCCUUCCACCUGUCGGCGCGCGAUGCCCGCGAGGCCGUGCACGCCUGGAGGGAGCGCCUGAGCCGAGAGCAGGUGCGCCAGGUGGAGGCGGCCUGCGCUCCAGCCAUGCGUCUGCUGGCCUAUCCUCGCAGCGGAGAGGACGACGACCUGGAGCCGCCUGUGGAUGAGGAGAAGCCGCUGGAGACCGAGGCCGACGGCGCCACGUAGCCCCCCGUCGUGCGCCCCCGGGACGGAUCCGGGUCAGUCACCAUGAACCGGGGCGCUCAGCAUGUUGCCCCAGCACCGGAGAAGCCACACUGUGGAGGCGGUGUCUCACGCUGUCACAGGCUGCGACUUGGCUUGGUACCCACAGCUGUGCAAUUCUGCAGCGCGGGGAUAUCGUGAGCUCUUAGAUAAUGACCGAUGCGUUGGUUGCAACGCAGUUUUCAGUAAGGAAGUGACCGCACAAUGUGGAUAAUUAUGCCCAUAAAAUAGGAAGAGCUUGAGUUCCCAGCCCGAACCUGCCUCUCCUGGAGCCGUUGCAACAGCGCGUUGUCGGGACAAAGAAGAGACGCGAUUUGGUUUAAAGUGGACUCAUUCGGCUUUUCUUCAAAUAGCCCCCCCCCUUAUACCUGCCCCCAAACCAAUUUUUGAAAAGUAAUUUCUCUCCCUGGGGUGGGAGAACCCUACGGACCCGAAACAAGAUUUUGCUUUCAAGUUUUUCUGUCUGGUGUUUUUGUUUUUGUGCUAUUAAAUGACCCCGGGGUCGUUGUUAACAACAAGAUUUGUUUUGUUUUGUUUUGCUAGGAUGCAGAUUUCAUGAUGAAGUUCAGUUGCGUGGUUGGGGGGGGUAGGGUGGGAGGGAGAAGCUAGUCUACAUACAAAGGAAUAUGAAGGAAACUAUAUUGAGUUCAAGAGCCUUAGCAGUUAUCCAACACUCAAAGCCUGUUAACAACUGUUGUAGGCCAGAAGUUACAACACAGACCAGAUUUAAAGUGUUUCUCUUAAUCCUAAGGCACAUUUCAAAAAAAUCUCCGAAAUCUGUUGCUGUGAUUAAAAAAAAAAAUUUUUUUUUAGUGUUUAUUUUUGAGCGAGAAAGAGACAGAGCUUGAGUGGGGGAGGGGCAGAGGAAGAGGGAGACACACAAUCCCAAGCAGGCUCCGGGCCCCGAGCUGUCAGCACAGAACCCGACGUGGGGCUUGAGCCCACGAACCAUGAGACCAUGACCUGAGCCAAAGUCAGAAGGCUCAACCGACUGAGCCACCCAGGUGCCCCAGUUGCUGUGAUUUUUUAGACCCUGUUUUAAAACUUAAGGUUUAAAGCACCUGAAUCGGGGGCUGGCAAAAAUCCUUUUCCGUAGAAAGUCAGAUAGUAAAUGGUCUGAGCUUUAUGCACAAAUACCUGCUCACUUCUGUCACAGCUACCCAGCUCUGCAUGAAAGCACUCACAGACAUUGUGCAAAUGAAGGCGCCUAGGGCAUUCCAAUAAAACUUUAUUUACAAAAAUAGGUGGUGGGCCGGAUUGGGUCCAGAGGGGCUGGCUAGCCUUACUUUGUCUUAGAAACACACUGAGGAAAGGAUCACGCAGCAUUCUUCUACUAACUGACGAUACUUAUAAAAUGCAAACACAAGAUGAGCUCAGCCAGUGAAUCUUUUUAUUUUGAGUUUUGUAAAAAAAAAAAAAAAAAAAAAAAAGCUUUGAGAAAAA